AUCCACGCUUGACAGCUUAGGACAACCCUGAACCAGCCAAGAUGUCGGUGCGCAGCGGUCGUGUUGUGAAGACAGUGCGGACCCUCACCCGGCCGGCACUGGAAGCAGCCUGCGCAUACUCUGGCUACAACUGUACUCUGUCCCGCCUAGAAGGGUAUGAGUAUUGCAACCGCCACAUCCUGGAGGACAAGGGAGCCCCCUUCCGACAAUGCAAUUACAUCUUCACCAGUACGGGCAAGCGCUGCCUCCGCCCAGCGCCGACCACAGAUAGGAAGGAAGGCAGGUACUGCAGUGAGCACUCCCGCAAAUCCCUGAUGGUGCGGCAGCGAGCGGCUCGGAAGGUCCAGCCCCGUGAGACCCCUGAGACUUUGCUUGCCCAGCUGGCCCACCAUCAGAUGGACACACACACGGCAGGGCAAAAUGCAAUUCCAGAUCCUGCAAGCGUUCCUGGCAUAGCAUCGGCUGCUCUUGAAUAUGCCAGUGACACAGACAGCGAGGGGGAGUUCUCCACGCUCCCCCCUGACUCGCUUCCCAGACGGGAGGCGGACAGUGAGUUGGACUCGGCUGACUCCGAUGCUGACCCCCUGGAGCACGCCCAGGUCUUCACAACAGAGGAGAUCACUAGGAUCUAUCUAGAGAAGCUUCAGAGAUUAAAGGCAAUGUACAUUGGAGAAUACAAAAGGCUUACUCACAUCCUGAGGGAGAGCAGACGCAAAUACUUGCAAGCAGGACGUGCCGAGAAGGAGACAAUGGCCAGUAUUCACGCCCAGCCAAAGGGAACGCCAGAGGAGAGAGCAGCAUACAACCAGCUGAAGGCAAUGGUCAGGUACCAUCGCCACCUGGGAACACAUGCGCUUCUGUACCGGCAGCAGUAUGAGAGGCGCUUGCAGGUGACAGAAGGUGUAAACUAUAAACCUGGACCAAGUGUUGGCUGUGUGAAGUGCAUCUACAGUGAGGGCUCCUGGCGAUGUGGGGAGAAGUCGAUACCUCUCUCAAAAUACUGCGCCAAACAUAUCUUACAUGACCCGAACCAAGUGCUCUUUGGGGCGUGUGGUGUCAGCAGGUAUGGCGACGAUGGCUGUUCCAUGCCAGUGAUCUCAACCCCCCACACCACAACCUGCAUCUACCACACGCCCAUACCUGACCCCCUGCCGGUGAGUGUGCCCCCAGUGGAGGACAUGGACGCGAGUGGCCUAGGAGGGGGUGCCUAUUCAGCGACAGAUGAGUCCCUGAACCCAAGCGAUGCCAACAGCCACCUGGCAACCCCAGGACCCCAGCAGAUCAUUGACUUGUCCGAGAGCCACAGUUUCAUCGUCACUGAGGUCCCUCCGGAGAAUGUGAUGGAGGGGGAUGGGGAGGAGACCGAGAUAUCGGUGCCGGCUGGAACAAAGACAUAGAUGUUUAUAUGUGUAUAUUUAUUUCCUGUUUUUCAUGUUUUUUGUUUCUAUAGGCAUUAUUAUUUUGAUAUAUUACUGUUUUAUUUAAUUUCACUCUUAUUUUUGUAAUGGUAUAUGCUUAUGAAGGAAGAAGAAAGCUUUAAUUUGGAUUUUUUUUUUUAUAAGUUCCUUUUUGGGAAUUUUUUCUCUGGAUUUCCUGAUUUGUUUUGUAAAGAAAAUUUAUUUUAUUUUAGACAAUAUUGUUCUGUCGGAUAAAACUGAUGGUAAUGAUGUAUAUAAGUGAUGUAGGAAUAAGUUAUUAAUUUCCAGUUUCAUACUGAUAUUAAAAAAAAAACUUGUUUAAUAUUUGAAGCUUUAUUUCCCUAAAAAUAAAAAAAAUAAAAAAAGGAAUGGAGCCCAAAGCCAAAGUAAAGUAGUAUUCAGUAGAGUGAUUUUAACCCAUUGCCACCGAGGAUUACAUGUACAUGCAAGUGGUAUCCAAUAUGAUUUUAGUUUGUUUAUUGUGUUUAUAUAAAGAUGGUUUCGUAAGAGCUUAGCUGCCAAGCGGUCAAUUACCAGUUCUACCUAUUGUGCCUGUCUUCUUUUUUCCUUGAUUUUUGGUAAAGCUAAAAAAAAAAUUAUUGCUAUUAUUAUUUUAAUGACAUAAUCGUAAUAUCAAUGAUAAUAAUAAAAGUAUUGGGAUUUAUAGCUUUAGAAUUUUUUUUCACAAAUAUUCAAGGAAUGGAGAAAUCAAGUAAGGUCAUAUAGACUGCUUAUUGACUCUAUCUGUGAACAAAAAAUCACAAAAUAUAACUACAUUGGACAGUUCAUAUACUUGUCUGCACUGGGUUAGAACUUACAUAUCUAUAUUUAUUGGAUGCUGUUUGCUGAAGACUUAUGAAUGUGUAAUGCUAAAGACAUAAAUACUUAAAGAGUUGUUCGUUUAACCACAUGAUAUGAAAUUUGCCAAAUGUCGUUCUCAGGUUUGUGUGCAAACUGGAUGAAAUAUGACAAGUUGUGAAAUUGUGAACUAUAUAAAAGCAUAAAAAUAUUCCCCACACAA